AAAUUGAAACGUGUUAACGGAGUGAAAAAUAUUCCAGAGAAAUUAACAAUAUUUUUUAUAUUUUCAGAACAAUCGACGAUUAACAGUGAAAAAUCUAGCGAUGUGCAAAGGGACUGAGAAUUCACCAAUGGUGUGGUAUGACAUAGCAUUGACGCGCAAUGAAAAAACCAAAGAAUUAGAAUUUUCUCUCAAAGUGAAUGUUACAGAAGAAGUGAGUCAGGCAUUUUCGAUGACGUUCACCUUCCUGAAAUGUGAUGCCGCAGGAAAUCCGGACAGUUGUGAAUAUUUGUUGAGAGAUUAUAAAAAAAACGAGAUCUGCAAGUACUUCAAAAUGGAUAAAAACCAGGCUUGGAGUGUAUUUUUCCAAUACUUGGAUAGACCUCUCAGAUGCCCCUUGUCG